CCUGCGGCGUGUUUCCGCUCUGAGGCCGAACGGACGAAGCUGAUCUACGCAGGAAAAGCUACCGACGAGCGGCGGAACAUUUGUUCAACCCAGCGACUCGGCUCCGGACCCUGAAGUGUCCAAUCUACCGGGAGCUCGGUAUCUCCACCGAGGCUAGAGGGGGAGGAGGAGGCCGAAGAGGAACCAGCCGCCGGAGCAGGAGGCAGCCGGACUGUCCGCUAUGGAAGCCGAGUUUCGGGAAAUCGAUGACAACGGGAGCUGGAGCUGCGUCUACCAGGAGAUUCGUCACCAGUCUUGUGAUCUGCCAUGCAAACUUGCCAAACUACCCGAAAACAAGAAUCGGAACCGCUACAGAGACGUGAGCCCAUUCGACCACAGCAGAAUAUGUCUGCAGCUGGGAGCGAACGACUACAUCAAUGCCAGCCUCAUCACGAUAGAGGAGGCGCAGAGGAACUAUAUCCUCACUCAGGGACCCCUUCCAAACACAUGUGGCCACUUCUGGGAGAUGGUGUGGGAGCAGAGGAGCCGCGGUGUGGUGAUGCUGAACCGAGUCAUAGAGAAAGGAUCCAUUAAAUGUGCCCAGUAUUGGCCGUUCAGAGAAGAUAAAGAUGCUAUUUUUGAAGAUACCAACUUCAAGCUCACCCUCGUCUCAGAAGACGUCAAAUCUUACUACACAGUCCGUGAGCUGGAGCUGGAAAAUCUGUCUACUCAGGAGACCCGUGAGAUUUUACAAUUUCACUACACCACCUGGCCUGACUUUGGGGUACCAGAGUCUCCGGCCUCCUUCCUUAACUUCCUGUUCAAGGUGCGAGAGUCCGGGUGUCUGAAUUCCGAUGAGGGACCUUUGGUGGUUCACUGCAGCGCCGGCAUCGGACGCUCUGGGACCUUUUGUCUCGUGGACACCUGCCUCUUGUUGAUGUCAAACCGUAAGGACCCGUCUUCAGUUCGUAUUCGCGAUGUGCUGCUGGAGAUGCGACGCUAUCGAAUGGGUUUGAUUCAGACAGCGGAUCAACUUCGCUUCUCCUACCUCGCUGUCAACGAAGCUGCCAAGUACAUCAAGGGAGACACGUCCCUGCAGGAGUCAUGGAAAGAGCUGUCGAACGAGGAAGACGAUCCCCCAGAGUUCACCCCUCCUCCUCCUCCCCCUCCUCCCAGAGACCCUCAAAAUGGCAAAAUUGAGCCGUCCUUUUUCCCUGAAAAUGAUGAAAUCGUCCGACACAUGGAGAGCAGGACUUUGGGGUCCUCACAGCAAACCGAUCUGCGAAAGAGGAACAUCGCUGGCCCACCGCCUCCCCCUGAUCAGACCGAGCAGCUCGAUGAUCACAAGGUAAUCCAAGAUCUGACCUCCGACGCUCCAGCCACAUCCCAGCAGCAGCACGAGGCCGAGAACCAGGAGAAGCCCGAGGCAGCGGAGCAGCCAAAGGAAGAACCUCCUGCGCCGGGGGCUUGGCCCCCUCUACUAGCCAACGUGUGCCUGUGCACGGCACUGGCUCUCAGUGCUUAUGUCUGUUACCGGGCCUAUUUCCACUGAUGUCUUUCCCGCCUCCUUUCUGUUUCCCCUCCCCGUCUCUCCACUGAGAGAAGUGGACUGCUCUGGCCAAUCAGCCUGCUUUGACUCCGGGUUUACUCUGCGAGUGAGAGGAUUAUUUGGACUUCAGCAGAUUCAGGUUCACUCGUUUUGUCUUUUUACGACUGCAGUGCGAGGGGCCGGCUCCUCCUCCUCCUCCUCACCCAACCAAACCUUCUGUCAGUGUGUCAUCAUGGAUGCUCAGGGCCUCAGUUUUUCAGGUGUCGCGUGUUAAAUAUGUGUAAAC